AUGCAGUCGUUUCGCCAAUACAAACAACUCAGACAGGCUGUUCAGAGACAGCUGUCCAGAGAUACAGACAAGGCCAAAGCACUAUCUGCAUAUACUCAACAACAUGGACUCGAUCCUCGCGAGGAAGCUCAGAUAUUUGGCGGAGAGCCUCUGGAGAAGACCGAAACACCCAGUAGAGACGAGGAAGCGAACGAUGACCAGGAAGCACUCGACGCGAUAGUCGAAGACGAAAUGGAAGACUCAUAUCCUCAAACCGACAAUCAGAAUGAACUCAACAGGAUACACACCAGCAGGAGUCACCAUGCGGAUUUAGCCAGGACCAAGAGCGAAAAUGCCGAUCUGUCUAGGAUACCAACCCACCGAACGCAUUACUCGGAACGGACAGCCCUAGGAUACUCAAUGACUGGCAUCAACGCGCGCCUGAGAGCCACCAACGAGAGCGAGAACGGCCAUGUCUUUGUGGUCGAAUGGGAAGGCUCUCACGACCCACUCAAGCCUCACAAUUGGUCCACGGCGAAGCGCAUGUGGGCGACAGUGGUCGUGUCCCUCGUAGCUCUUGCAGGUACAGCGGCGUCGUCGAUUGAUGCUGCAGUAUUGCCUCAAUACGCAGAAUACUUCCAUGUCAGCGAGGUUGCAGGCUCAUUGGCAACGGCAAUGUAUCUGAUAGGUUUCGCCGUCGGUUCGCAAUUUGCAGGUCCUUUCUCGGAAACAUUUGGAAGAAACAUCAUCUACAUUGUGACCAUGUGUAUCUACAUGCUCUUCUUGCUUGGAUGCGCUCUCGCUCCCAACUUUGGUGGUCACAUCGUACUCCGAUUCUUCGCAGGAUUAUUCGGAUCAACACCGCUGACAGUAGCUGGUGGUACUAUCGCUGAUCUCUGGAAUCCUCUCGAGAAGACCUUUGGCUUCCCAGUCUAUGCAUUCAUCGGAUUCUCUGGACCUCUCUUUGGACCCGUCAUUGGUUCUUACAUUGGUCCCAGCGGCAUGAGCUGGCGUUGGUGUGAAUGGCUCAUGCUGAUCCUCGGUGGUAUCAUCACCGCCAUCAUCAUUGUCGGCCAGCCAGAGACGUACGGACCGCUUCUUCUAUCUUGGAAAGCCCAUCAUCUUCGCGUUGAAACAGGCGAUGACCGCUACAGAUCGCCCUUGGAGGUGCGUCGCACUUCUCUCUGGACUCGCCUGAAGAUUGCACUCUGGCGACCGUUUGCUAUGAUUUGGACUGAGCCCAUCAUCUUGCUCAUGUCGCUUUACCUCACAGUUCUCUACAUUGUGCUGUUCACCUUCUUCAUCGGCUUCGAGUUCGUCUUUACCGAGACUUAUGGCAUUUCCCAGGGUAUCACCAAUAUCAUCUGGGUGGCUGUCUUUGUUGGAUUCUUCCCUCUCUUCGGUACACUGCCUCUGAUCUACUCUUGGACAGUCAAAGACAUCAAGAAGCAAGAGGCAGCUGGAGUCGAAAACCCUGCUCCCACACCUGAAUCUCGUCUUUACUUUGCUAUGCUCGGUGGUGCACUCGCAGUGCCCGUCUCCCUUUUCUGGAUGGGCUGGACCGAUUAUGCUAAUAUCUCAAUCUGGUCUCCGAUCAUCGCCUCUGCUCUGUUUGGCUACGGCGUCAUCACCAUCUUCAUCUCGGCUUAUAUGUACAUCAUCGACUCUUACGCCAUCUACGCUGCCAGCGCAUUGUCGUUUGUCACAUUCACUCGCUACCUUGCAGCUGGCGGCAUGACUGUGGUCGGUGUGCCUUGGUACCGCAAUCUGAGCGUUCACUACACGCUCACCAUCCUCGCAUGCAUCAGUGCGCUCAUGGUGCCUGUGCCAUAUGUCUUUUACAUCUAUGGCGCGAGGAUCAGAACCAAGAGUGCUUAUGCUGUCCACAAGGCUUAA